GACCCAGAUUCCUAGUCAAGUUUGUGACAGAAGCAUAUUUCCCUUCGGAUCGGGAUAUUAUCAGAGAAGCCUGGGUUGUUGGGGAUCUAAAAGACAGGCUAGGUAUAAAACACCGUAAACGAUCCAAAGGUUCAACCCUGAACUCAGAAGAUGCUUCUCUUUUCCGGCCACAUCUACGUACAACGUCGGACAAUUCGUCCUCGGAUCAGGAUCGCGGCGAUUACCAGCCCGUGGCAUCGCCCUCAUCGUCUCCGAGACCCAUUGGGAGUCCAUCUGAGCUUGAUUUACCUCCACCAGGCCGACGCGAACCUACAGCGAUGUCAUAUUACUCGGCAUCCGAUAUACCAGUUUCACAUACCCCGAUACCCCCUUCCCGCCCUCAGUUAAAUCUCCAUCCUUCAUCCGCAGAACAAAGGCGACCAGAGAGAUCUAUGGCGUCACCAACUAGUCCUUCUAGGCCAGGGCCAUCUAGCCCAACUUCUCCCGUCAUGGCUGGAUCCUCUGUGCCACACAGCUCAGCCUCCAAUCGUAGCCCCACUCCCGGACAUCUUGCACCGGGAGAGUAUGAGAUGUCCAUGAGACCCUCACUUCACUCUCCAGAACCGAGUAGUGCUUCCCGCUUCUCUCAGGCAUCAUUUGUGACUGCCUCAGAUGGAGGAUGGGAAGCGCAGAACGACGACGGGGCGACUCUCUCUUCACGACCCAUGUGUUUGUUUUGUAUCACCGGUCCGCCAUUCAUGCUUGAUCUCAAAGAUGACGAUGUUUUGCCACAAUUUGG